AUGGAUGGCAAAUAUGUGGCUGUCACUUUGGCUCUCUACUCGGUCUCAAUGGCAUGGUCAGAAGGUAAGGCCCUGGAGAAGAUGGAUGAAAGAGGCUCCCAAUGCCAGUGCAUAGUCACUCAUUCCAAGUUCAUCCCUCCCAAGACUAUUCAGGAUGUGAGAUUAAGCCAAAGAGGAUCUCACUGCAAAAAUGUGGAAGUCAUAGCUACGCUGAAAGAUGGCAGGGAAGUGUGUGUGGAGCCCACCGCGCCCUGGGUCCGGCUCACUGUAAAGGCUCUGCUGGCCAGGGCCAGGGACAAUGUUGAAUCACCAGUCAAAGAAAAGUCAAGGAAGAAUAAACCUUGGAUUUCUGCAAGCAUAUGAAAUGAGAGAAAACAUUGCUGCUGAGAAUGCACCCUCUGCUACAUUACUACAGUUGAUUCUUUUUCUUUGCCUGAGAUGGUUGCCAUUCAUCUCAUUUUCUUUGCUGUUGCUCUCUCUAAACUUCUGUCUGUGAUAGAUCAAGGAGUUCAAGGCUAAUGAAAGUGUUUAAGUGUUGUAAGGA